CCCCCCCCUCCCGCGGUGCCCCCGCCACGUGCCCGGGCCGCGCUGUCGUCCCGCCGCCCUCGGGCCCCGUGCUCCGUGCAGCGUCCUGCCCUCGCCCUUCGCUGGGGCUGCUCCCGCGCUCGCCCGGCCCUACUCGGCGCCUGGUGGCGCACCACGGCCUCAUGGCACUCGCCAGCCCCGAAGCACCGAGCCUGGCGCGUGGCAGCGGUGCCCCGUGCUUUCCCCUGCCUUGCGCCGCCCGGGGUGCGCUGUGCCCUCGCGCCACCCGCCCUUGACACGUGCCCUCGGUCUGCCACGCUGGGCUUGGGGGAGUGCCUCUACUUUCACGCCAUGGGUCACAGCGACAUCGUGUAGCUUCGUGGCGGUGCUUGCACCGCUGUAGUGGGAAGAGCACUUCAGCAGGGAGAGGGAAUUGUUACUGUGAAAACUGAGAUAUCCUGCCAAAUAUGGGGCAGAUGGUGACACUAAACUGGUGUGACACACAGGUUGGAAAGGGUAUCAGCAUAUUUUGAGUAUUUGUGCUUUGUAUUGAUUUUCUGACAACAGGGACUGUGAAGGACUGCCUGGGGAUAUGCAUGUGUGACAGUGACAGUUUUGGUCUCAUGCUUUGUACCAUCAUUGUCUGGCUGUUGACCUACAUUAUGAUGCUACUGGUACCUUGGAUACUUUCUGAUUUCACUGAGAUGAUGAGGGCUUUGGGGUACCCCCGGCUUAUCUCCAUGGAGAAUUUCCGCACUCCAAACUUCAUGCUAAUUUCAGAAAUGCUUCUUUGGCUGGUGAAAAGGUAUGAGCCACAGACCGAUAUUCCUUCUGAUGUCGAGACAGAGCAGGACCGGGUCUUCUUCAUUAAGGCAGUUGCUCAGAUUAUGGCUACCAAAGCUCACAUAAAGCUCAACACGAAGAAGCUCUACCAAGCAGAUGGCUAUGCAGUGAAGGAGCUGGUGAAGAUUACCUCUGUGCUGUACAAUGCCAUGAAGACCAAAGGAAUGGAAACCACUGAAGUGGAGGAGGAAGAUGGCAGCAAAUUCAAGUUUGACCUUGGUUCUAAAAUUGCAGAUUUGAAGGCAGCCAGACAGCUUGCUUCAGAAAUCACGUCCAAAGGAGCAUCUCUUUAUGAUUUACUUGGCAAAGAGGUGGAGUUGAGGGAAGUGAGAACAGAAUCCAUUGCUAGGCCUCUGGAGAUAAAUGAAGCUGAAAAAGUGAUGCAAAUUGCCAUUAAAGACAUUCUGGAACAAGUCCAGAAGACUAAAGACAUGUUAAACAAUGUGGCUUUGGAUGAAGCCAAUUUGGAAGUCAAGAUAGAAAAAAGAAAAUUGGAACUGGAAAGAAACCAGAAGCGACUUCAGACCCUACAGAGUGUCCGCCCAGCUUUCAUGGAUGAAUAUGAGAAGAUUGAGGAGGAACUGCAGAAACAGUACAGCAGUUACCUAGAAAAAUUCCGUAACCUGACUUAUCUGGAGCAACAGCUGGAUGAUCAUCAUAGGAUAGAGCAAGAGAGGUUUGAGGAAGCAGAGAACACACUACGCCUGAUGCAGAACAGACUGAAGGAGGAGGAAAAACGCUUGCUUAAGACUGGAAGUAACGAUGACUCCGACAUAGAAAUUCAAGAAGAUGAGGGAUCUGAUAGUGAAGUGGAAGACAGGCAGCUCAUGAAGCAUCACACAGCCAUGGAGAUCCCAAUGCAAGUGAAACUCAACAAACGGGUCAUGGGGACAAUGCAAGGUGGAGACAUAGAGGAUGAUGGAUCAACCCAAGCCCAACCAGGUAAACACAAGCGCUCCAGGACCAAGGUGCAGGAGGACUCAGAGGACAGCGAAAUUGACCUGGAUGAUGAGGAGGAGGAGGAUGACAUAGAGGAUGACAGUGUAGAAAUCUCCCCCAGCAAGGCUAAUCGCCGGGCAAGGAAACCAGAGCCACUUGAAGAGAGUGACAAUGACUUCUGACUCCUUUUCCACUGCAAAACCAGUUAACAUCUUGAGAUGCAAACACCAGGCAGCACUGGGGCUGGGAACAGAGCAUACUGUAUCGGGCCUGACCAUAUUUUAUAUCAGAAUGAAUUUGGGACCUAGUAAAUAGUAAAGUUAUAUUCAUAAAGUAAAUUACACUAAUUGCCAGUCAUUUUCCCUGCUUCUGAUUCAUAUCAUUUGAACUGUUUUGACAAGUAAACUGUUUUUAAAGAAAAGCCUAGCACUGGAAAAUGCUCUUGUUCACUUACUCUCUGGAACAGUGGGCUCAGGAGACCAUUAGAACUAGAGCCUCAUGCUCCAGGAUUGCCAGUGCUUUGGAGCCCCAACAAUCACUAGAUGGUUUAGGCAGCAUCUGCACAUAACAUUAAAACUGGUUUACCUAAAACUGGUACAAAAGCCUCAUAUGCAUGUACUUAAAAUAACUUGGUGCUGGCUUUUUAUUUAUUUAGCCCCAACUGCUUCAAUUCUAAAUCAAGGGCGUGUUUAUACACUUGACUAAAGGAGUGAUAUGAGACAGUCACAGCAGUGAACACUACAUCAGCUUAAACCCUGGUCAUGUUGAUCCUUUAUCCCAAAUCAACUGGGGAGAGUUUUAAGCUACAUUGAUAUAAGCCACGCUUGGCCCACAAGGAGAGUGCCCAUGCAGGGUUUGCACUGGUUUCACUAAAUCAGAAUAAAAUCAGCCCUUGUAGUUAAGCCCACCGACUGCUGUGUAUAGACACACCUUAGACCAGGGGUGGGCAAAAUAUGGCCCGCAGGCCAGAUCUGGCCUGCCAGUUGGCUGGGUCUAGCCCACAGCUGUUCAUGUGGCACUUUGCUCCACCUUGUUCAUGGGAGUGAGCUCCACCUGCUCCUGCCAGGGCUAGCCCACACUGUGCUCCUGCCCUCGCCCACCAAGCCAGGCCCUGACCAGAGCGCACAGUUUCCGGUGGGGCUGUUCCUAGUGCUGCUCUGCUCCCCUUGUCUCCAGGGGGAGCCACCCAGCUGAAGCUUCCCUCCCCCUACCCACCCAGAGUGGUGCAGCAGCGGCAGGAGGAGGAGGUGCUGCUGGAGGCGAGGGAAGCGGAGCAGCACCUGGCCGGGUGCAGCCGCACCACACGCUGACCAGGGCCCAGGCCAACAGAGCUGUUCUGCUUCCCUCACCUGCUCCUGCUCCUGCCAUGCUGCUGCAAGUGGGGGGGAGCUUCAGCUGGGUACCUGCUGCCCUAGUGUGCAGGGCUCCAUCUCCAGCUCUCAGCUGCCUUCCACCCAGCAUGAUGAGCAGCCACCUGCGGGUAGGCAGAGCAGGUGGAAGGUAGCCAGGAGCUGGAGCCCAGUGUGCUAGUGCAGGAGCUGCCUGUCUGA